AGUAAAGUGCCUGUUCGGAAUAAAGUGACGACAGAUUAGUUGAUAUUUCAUCAUUGUUGAUAAUAAUUAAUACGCGAUCAUCAUUUUCAGAACGUUAAACAAUCUAGCAGGUCAUCUUAACUGUUAAUUCAAAACGUUAAACAACCUAGCAUGGAGAGUACUCGGUGUUUAUAUAUUUUGGUAUCCUUUUUUCUUAUUUCGGUAACGCAACAACAAGCACUGUUCACCGAAACACAGCAACAACAGCUUAAGGAUGACAAGCUACUACGGAAAAUCUCCGAACAACUAUGGCCUCUCGUGGACGAAUAUGCUACACAUGAAUUUAACAACGCCAUGUUCGAGUUAAGACAAACGUUUCUAACAGAGAUUGAUCAACUUUCGGACGAAAUUAAUAACCUCGCUGAACAAGCCGCACAGGUGGAAGAGGCUAUGAAGAAUAUGACACGUGGACAUGGGGUACUGGGAUGUCCAAAAGUAACAGGCGGAUAUUAUCACCUAGUCGGCCAGAACUGCUACAUGUUCAAUGAUGUAAAGAAAACGUGGUACGAGGCUAAGGAAUGGUGCGUGUUGAAUAAGGGACAUUUAGCCAGGCCCACAACAUUUGAUAUCAACCAAUACUUGAAGAAUGAAUGUAGGGUUAGAGGGAAACAGUACUGGAUUGGAGGCCAUGACACAGUACAGGAAGGGGUGUGGCUUUGGGAUAAUGGUGACCCUAUCCCUAGCAUUGCUAUGGACUGGGCACCAGGGGAACCGAAUAACUAUGGUUCUGGGCAGGAUUGUCUGGGCAUCGGACAAGACCAAGCAAAACAAUGGGACGACAAAAGUUGCAACCACAACUUGGAAUUCGCCUGCCAAACAGCAGCAGUAUAUCAGCUUCGCUAAUAGGCCUUUUGAAGGAUGUUUGCUAUUCGGAACACCUCAAGAUUUACAAUUGGUGUGUUCUCAAUCAUUUUAUAUCAUGUUUGGAAAACAGAUGGAAAACAUUUUAUCAAAUAAUAAAACUAUUCUGUUCAAUUAUAUGUAUUUAUAUGCAUAUUUUUAGUACAAUGUAUAAAUUUCAGUAGUCUUCUGGUUGUUUUUGCAAGAAUAAGUGUUAAAAAUCAAAUAAAUGUAAUGAAAUAGAUAUGUGUGUAUAGAGUAGGGUUGUCAAACCAGUCACAUUUUGGUAACCGGUUACUCGAACAAUAUUCCGACCAUGUAACCGGUCAAUCGGUCAAUUUGGUAAUCAAACAUUAAACAAAGACAACUCGUUAUUUGUUUAGCAAAUUUUCUGUUUAAAACGUAUUAAUACCAUAUACAUACAUGUAUAUAUUAACUAGCAUGAUAGUAUACUCGCUUAUUUCAAGCUAAAUGUAGGAAAUAGUUAAAUGUAACCUCGGUAAGUAUAUGUCAUGGACAACAUAUGUCGGAAUACAGUAAGGCGGGAUUCUAUUGCAGUUAUCUGUGCUCGAAAUCAUAUGCGGUAAUAUUGUUCUUUAGUUUCCAUGCAUGUUUGCUCAUUCAAGUGAGUACCCUUCAGAUUAUCUUUACAAUUCGCAUUUAAAAGCGAGGUCUACCUCUAACAAUUGAUAUCUCACAACUUAAAAUGUAUUCUGGCUUCCUUUUAAAAUCUGUUUUAGGUUUUUUUUAUGGUGCUGGUAACGUCCCAUUGUCAAUCUUUACAAUAGAGUGCAAAAACACUGCCUGAGCACAGCUUCGCGAGCCAAGGGUGUUCAAUACGAUACUCUCAUAAUAGGAGAGUAUCGUAUUGAACACCCUUGGCUCGCGAAGUUGGCCUGAGCACUGUUUUUAUUAUAAAACAAUCCGAUUUUGGUUGUAUAUAUAGACAAUUUGUAGGUCUAAUUCAGGGAAAUAUGGGGCCUCCCAAAGGGGGUUACAAUGUCCGACUAUUCGGUUAUAGAUUUUGAUAACCGGUUCGUAGUCUUCCGACUGAGUAGCCGGUUAACCGUUGGCAACCCUAGUAUAGAUAAUUUGUUUAUCCGAAAUAGAUAAUUCCUGUCUAUUGUAGGUAAAUACCCAGUCACGGAAACAUGAGCCCAAUAACAGUUACUGCUUCAUGUUAUCGAUUAAAUACGUUCUUAAUGUUAUUCAUUGAUGGAACAGAGAAAAUCGUUGUUAUUAGAACAAAUUCGUCAUGACGUUUGUUUUCAAAACGUCACACGAGAGUUGUCGGGAAUUCCUGUCGAGCAACAGAACAGAAACAGCUUUCCGUGAGGGUUAUAUAACAAUUAUAUAUUAUAGUUAUACAAUUCAAGAAACAGUGCAUACGUAUUGCUUCACAUCCCUAGUAUUUUAACUAGGAGUGCAAACCGAAAGCAGUUCGAUACUUAUACCUACCUUCUUAAAUAUUUGAAUAUCAUGGAAAAUUAAAUUUAUUUAAUUUCUCAAAAUUCAUUUUUAAUGGAUGGUCAGUGGUUUUCAACGUUACAGUUAUGACGUCAUAAUAAUGAUGACGUCAACAAGUGGGUCAUGGCAUUCAUAGCUGAUAUUUAUAGCUGAUAUGAAUGAUUUCUAAACUUGGCAGGGUUAUGUACUGACAGUGUUAGCAUCUAAUAUGGAAAACACUUGUUUUUGUACAGGCAACAAACACAAAACAUGCUGUUGUGCCAUUGUUUACUUAACACAAGUUGAACCAUAUUUUUAGCUGCACAUGCGCAUUUUUUACAACGUUGUUUAUACUGUAAGUGUUAAAAGAUGCCUUUUUUACAGUGACGAUACGCUUACAAUGACAAAUAAGUUUAUCAACAGAAACAGACGGCACCAUUACUUCAUUCCGUGCAAACCCCGUACAUGAAAUCAAUAUAGUUGGCGAUUGGUUUUGAAAUAUUUCCAAUUACUUUCUUAUGAUUUUUCAUGCAUGUGUGUUUUUGAAACUAAACAGUAAACACAGAAUAUUGGUGCACUGGAUAUGCAUGCUUGGAUCAGUAAAAUCUUAUUAGCUGUGCCUAAGUCUAAAAUUUGAAAGCAAGAGAGGAAGAUGAAAUACAGCAUCUAAGCAGGUGGAAUAACGCUGUUUUUGUAAUAUGAUCUGGGUUUGGUUUGGUUUGGUUUAAUUUUGUUUAACGUCCUAUUAAUAGCUAAGGUCAUUUAAAGACUUGCCUCCAUUUGUGCAUUGUAUGCUUGCUUGCGUGUGUGUAUGCAGGAUACAGGGUAUGUUGGCGUGCUGGCCUCCUUGUGAUAGCGCGGAUCUGAUGCCGACUUUAUAGUGCUAUCUCAGUGAAAUGCCACGUCGAAGGCACUCAGUACAGCAUUCCGCCCGGUCACAUUAUACCGACAACGGGUGAACCAGCUGUUGUCAUUCCCCUUAAUGCUGAACGUUAAGCAGGGAAUAUCAACUAAGUUAAUACGAUUUACCGUUGAUGGAUAGAGCUAGCCGAUAUUAUACUGACCUAUUGUAGAGUUUACUGCGACAUUUAUGUUAUAGAUAUGUACACGAGCGUGGGAAAAUUGACCAUGAUGAGACGAAAAUAUGAUGUGGUGCUACAAAACCAACAAUAAUUGAAAAUCUAUAUAUAGAACUGAAAAGGAAAUAUUAGUGAGAGAAGGAGAAAACCUAUUUUGUUAAUGUUUCAUCGUUACACUUAGAACUAUUUACUCUAGACUAUAGCUCAUAGUCUUUCUGAAAUGCAAAGCUACAGUACUAGGCAACUAGACAACGAUCUGGCAGGUAGCAUAUGUACAACUGUGUUUAUCGUUGAGCCCUUCUUAUCCUCAACGAUUCGUUUUAUCAUAUGGAGGACCAAGAUAUGUCAUAUACAUCACACUAGACCUCCUAUCGGAUGCAUUUGCUUCAAAAAUCUUCGUUUUAAAGGAAAUCUUGUGAACAAUUAUUUAUAUUCUUCUGGGAAAGUUAUUUACAAAAUACUAUUCCCACUAUUUGUUGCUCUGUAUUAUAAUAAAUCAUGAUGAAGGUACAUGACUCCGUACCCCAUCAAUUAACAGUCGAUUUACUAAUAUUUUGGUGAUAUAUUGCUAAACAAUGAUUAAAAUGUUAAAAGGUUUGAAGCUACUCAAUUCUUUUUCUAAAAAUGAAGUUGAAAAUAAUGAAUUAUUUUCAGUUUGAUUAAAUUAAGUGAACCUUAUCAAUUAUAUUGUCCAUCCAACCGCCAAACUCUAUUAAAGGCUUUAUCCAUAUUCCUUUCCCUAAUGUGUUAUUCUAUUGUUCAGCCUCAAUCGUUUUCUGAAUGUAAUUAUUUCCCAAGUUAUUACUGUGAAGGUCUACAUAUUGUAUUAGCCGAGCUUGUUAUACACGAUGAUAAUUAUGGACUGUGUAUAGGUACAUUCGCACUGUUUUCAGAACCGUCUCCAUGAAAUGUCUAAUGAAAUUGUACAUGUUCAAUUAACCUGAAUAAAAUGUAACUUCAACUAAA